CCGCCUAUCGUUGACUACUUACAUAUGGAAGAAGAAGAAAAAAAAUGCACAUUCUCACUUUCACCAACCCCACGCGAUCGAUUGGCCCGCAAGCCAAGGUAUCUUGGGACGAAAGGAUACCCACACCUCGCUCCGCUCCCCUACCCCCCCCCCUCUCUCUGCUUCAAUCAUGCGCCAAUGGGAUGUCCAGGGAACAGAAAAAAGGUGCUAGGACAAGCCGGCUUGAUGAAUGACAUUUCUUGGCCUUUUCAUGUGUGUAUGUCUUUCUCUCUUGUUCUUUCCUUUUCGGCCGUUUUUUUUGCUGGCUUCCCAAACCCCCGGUUGUCGGGUUUUUCGGAAGGGGAGGAUAUGGGCAUGGUGUUGGUUUCGUAA